AUGUCCGGUGGGGAAAGGAAGAAACGUAUAUCAAAAGGUGCAGGAUGGGAGGAGGCUGGGGGUGAAUUCUACCAAGAGUGUUAUCCUGGUGCUGAAUUAGAUAUUGAACACCUCCCGAGAGACCCUCACUAUUUUGCUACUUUACUUCCGAGUAAACAGAACCGAGCAGCGACUACUAGAAGAAGUCGAUGCGAUACGAAAUCCACUUAUAAGAGGUGUGCAACUAAUAGAUCUCAGAACUACAGCACCAUGCAGCAGAAUACAAUGCAAAACGAUGUCCACGUUGCUAUGAUGCCUGAUUUGUCUGAAAAUCUGGCUAAUGAAGAGACGACAUGGGAAGAAAUGAUGCUGAUAAAAACGAUGCCUAUAAACAUGUCUCAGAAGAGAGAAAUCAAAGCCAAACUCCUGAGCGCAGAUACCUUCCGUUUGCAAGGCUUAAAACAAUUUAAAUUGAAGAAACGUAAACUAUGGGAGUAUUUGAAAGUGAGAAGGAAAGAGUUAUAUAAGAUGAUCGAACUCUGGAGGCAGUGUUUUAUAACUAUCGAAGGGAACUUUGGCACGGGAGUCGUCGCCUUCUUCUUCUUUAUAAAAUGGCUAAUGUUUCUUAAUUUGACAAUUACAGUUAUUAUAGUUUGCUUUGUUGUUGUACCAACGUUGUUAAUGCAGGAAAAAGAAUCAGAUCCUUGUGCUCAAAUCAACGACACUUCUUACGAAUGUUGUCCUAAAAUAUAUUUUAAUAGUUGGACGAAUCUGACGAUUACUCCGUACAAUAUUUUGCAGGGGAAUGGUUGGCUCGAAUCAACCAUUAUGUUCUACGGUUAUUAUCCUAACUCUAUCCUUGAAAAUGUUAUUCUGAACUAUAACCUUCCCCUUGCUUACAUUGCAACAGCGGCCGUAUAUUUAUUGUUAAGCUUGUGUGCGAUGAUAAAAAAAGCAGCGAGCGGUUUCAAAGACAGAUUAAUGGAAUCUGAGGGACAAUAUUACAAAUACUGUAGUAUGGUUUUCGGAGGCUGGGAUUUUUGUAUUUCGAAUGAAUCAUCCGCCAAAAUAAAACACAAAGCCAUUUAUAAGGAAAUUAAAGAAAAUUUAGAGACAGAACGGAGAGAAGAAGAAAAGAAAAACAGAAAUGAGGAAGAGGAGUUGAGGUUUUUCUUUAUUCGUGUUUUUUUAAACGGUAUCAGUAUCCUGAUCUGUGUUUUUGCUGGACUACUUAUAUUUUAUACCUUUCAAUAUUCCGUUGGCGAACUUCAGAAAGACGUUCAUGAUGACUUACACAGAUUGUUAUUAGAAUUCGCCCCAUAUCUUUGUAUAGUAGGAUUGAAUCUAGUUAUUCCUAAUAUAUUGAAUUAUUUCGUCAUUUUAGAAAAUUAUAGUCCCAUAUCUGCUUUGAGAGUAGCAUUUUUUAGGACUGUUAUCUUGCGUUUAUCGUCACUUGGUGUUCUAUUGGCGUCAUUUUUUUCUUUGGUCCGUUGCACAUCUGACCCAGCGACAUGUAGUAGUCCUAUCUGUCAAAAGCCGCUGUGUUGGGAAACGUACAUCGGGCAGCAAAUAUACAAACUUCUGAUAUUGGAUAUUUUAUCUAAUGCAGCCAUUACAUUUCUUGUGAAUUUUCCGAGAAUGUUGCUGGCCAAACAUUUAAAAUGCAAGUUUACUCAAAUUCUUGGAGCGCAGGAAUUCGAAUUACCGAAACAUGUAUUGGAUGUUGUUUACAGUCAAACGUUGGUCUGGUUUGGUAGCUUCUAUGCUCCACUUCUUCCAGCGUUAGCCACGGUUUUGUUCUUCUUGGUUUUCUAUAUAAAGAAAUUUGCUUGCUUAGUAAACUCUUCUCCUUCGACUACCAUAUAUCGAGCUUCAAGAAGUGAUUCGAUGUUUAUGUCUGUUCUUUUGGUAUCGUUUACCGUAGCCGUUAUACCAUGGGCUUAUACUAUGACAGAGUUGGAACCUUCCAAGUCUUGCGGACCUUACAUGGGUCGACUUUCAGUUUGGUCUCUGAUACGAGAAUUUUAUAAUAGUUUUCCCUCUUGGGUUAUUUUCUGUUUCGAAGGGAUUGUUUCAUCUACGUUUGCCGUUCCGACGUUCUUUAUUCUCAUUUUAUCUUUGUAUUAUUAUUAUAUUGUAUCAAAGGCCAAUAAACAGAUGGUUAAUGUUCUUAAAAAGCAACUUAUUCUUGAAGGUCACGAUAAGCAAUUUCUUCUGAACAGAUUGAGUGCUUUUAUAAAACAGCACCAAGAAAGGCACAAAGCUAUCAGAUCAGUAGAUCCUCCAAAUAAUAGUAAUUAA